AUCGUGCUCACGAUUUGCUAUUCGUGCUCACGUUUUCUUUAAAUCGUGCUCACGUUUUGCUAUUCGUGCUCACGUUUUCUCUAAAUCGUGCUCACGUUUUGCUAUUCGUGCUCACGUUUUAUUUAAAUCGUGCUCACGAUUUACUUUAAUUCGAGUGAACGAUUUUUCAGUUCGUGCUCACGAUUUGAAAGCAUGCAAAAAUAAAAAAGUUCCCCCAGCCUUUUUUUUCCAGUUCAUUCGCAACACAGGCGUUGUUCUCUCCAGACCGGGCAACAUACAAUGAUGAAAGUAAGUUAAAGACGUUUAUUUUAUCAAAUGCUUUGAAGCACGCCUGCUCAUAUUUUAUGUUUAUGCUGUGCUGAGUGUUUUGUGACCAACUGGCGUCCGCUCGUGGUUUGAGAAGGUUCAAGCUCGAGCCGAGCCGAGCCCCACAUCAGGUAGCGUUUGCUAGAAACUUGUGGCUAGCCAGAAGCCAAAUGCUUCCAAUUGUGAAUUUCAUUAGCUAGCUAGCGAAUAUAUAAUUCCUAUUUGUCCACAAAGACGGUUAGCGUUCAAGUUAACCCUAAUUUCAAGGUAAGUUCUGUAUUUUGACGCUUAACUAUCCACUUUUGCUAACUGGUUUAGAUGGUCUAUGUAGUUAAAAAGCUGGCCAGCCAGGUAAAAACAUACCCUAUACUGGCAAGCUAGCUGGUUACCCAUUUCAUCAGCAUGUUUUAUUUAAAUUUGAUAAUACUUGACCAUGCCGGGCAUAAAUCUUACAGUAUUAACUUUCUUUAUUCGAUUAAAUGUCAUAUUUUGGGUUAAUUAUUUUCAUAUAUCUGAAAUACAGAAUAGAAAAUAUUCAUGUUUUAUAUUGUUUUAAUAAACAAGUUUUCACCCCUAUUAAUUGCAAAUGUUUUGGGACGCAGGCUUUUAUUUCAAAGAAGGACACAAGGAGCCUGAGGCAGGAAAGCAACAAUGUGAAGUUUAGUAAUUUAGCAUUCCAUUUUAUUGGUAGAAAAUGCUAACAGCUAAUGACAACACAGCUAAAAACUAUUACUGGCAGUACUAGGACAGGUAUACAAAGACCUUCAAAACUACACUGCCAUCUAUGUGAGACAGUGUAGACAACAGCAUAUCAAGUCAGCAUUUCUUGCUGACUUCUAACCAGCUUUUUUUCUUUUUUUACCAACGUUUUUCUUCCAGAUAUUCACAAACAUAUAAAACUGCACUUCUCUUAAAUUAUUUGUAAAAUACUGUUUGUUGAACAAUCUGUUUUUUGCUGACACCUAAAAAAAAGUAUGGCAAUACCAGCUUUCUUUAAAAAAAUUACAAAAUGUGCAGAAAAGUGUGCUUCCUGUAAUCUUUCAAUGAAUGUUGUGUGCAAACAGUUACUGAAACCAUAUCAGUAUCAGUAAACAAUGGUAAUGUAUUGGAUAUUUUAUUUUGGCAGUAACAGUCUACUUGUGUUUAUAGAAUGGAUGAAGAGCUUCUUAAGAAAAAGAAACAUUGAAGAGGAAUGCAUACAACAACUUGAGAAAGAAAAGAUCGAUACGUCUGUAAUCCCUUUGAUGGCUGACAAAGACCUUGCAAAAUACUUUCCAAAAGCUGGAGACAGAGUGUCUGUUGUUGCAUUCUGUCGACAAACAGACACGUCAGUUGACCCCAAACUCAGAAAGGAGUCUAUUUUAGCACGGUUGCGACGUAGACUGUCCCCAAGAGAUGAAGACACUGGCACUCCAUCCAGCAAAAAAAGAAAUCUCUGGACGGGUAAUAAAAGUGCACAAAAGCAGCAAAGACGAAUAGAAGUUGGAUGGAUGGAUUUUGAUGCAAAAGAUCAAAGAUACAAGCAAGUAAAAUCAAUAAAUGGUGGUGGGACAAGACAGCUCACAGUAGACAAAGGGACAACUGUGGAAGAAAUUAGAGAACGUGCUGAGAGUUUGUUUUUCCCGAAUGGGGUGUCCAAGAAGAAAAAGCUGGCUUCCUUCAUCACAGAAAUACAAUCAUCUCAAAUUGAGGUCAACAGCUCAGAUACUGUCAUUCAGUUAUAUGAGAAAAGUGGAGUAAGGCUGCUGAGACUGUAUCUCUGUACAAAAGUAAGGAGAGAUACACCCACUGAAGACCCAGAAGACCAACAUUCCCAGCCAACCGUUGACCUUACAGGCAGUGAAGAUGAACAACAAAUUGGUGAUGGAUGUGAGGAAGAUCUUGAUCUGGAAGUAAUUUUUGGAGCAGGCGAGAAUGAUGGUGUAUCAUUAGAUGACACCAUACCAUGUGAAACUCCAGUUGAGCCUCCUACAGUCCCAGAACUCCAGAUAAUCCUGUCACAGACGUCAGAGGGUCCUGUUCCUGUAAUACAAGGCCAUGAAAUAAACCAACCACAGAUGCCAAUGGCCACUGUUCCUGUUAUACUAGAACUUGAAGUCUUCCAGUCACAGAUGCCAGUGGACCCUGUUCCUAUAAUGCCAGAACUUGAAGUGAACCAGCCAGGUGACCAUGUUCCUGCAAUGUCAGAAGUCACAAUGAUUCAGGAGCCACAACUGCAAGAUGCUUCAAACACCACAGUGAUGAAUCUAGUUCAUGUGUCUGCAAUACCAGAUGUCAUUAGGAUCCAGGAGCCAUUGGUGCAAGCUGCUUUGGACACUACAGUGCUGCAUCCUGUUCAUGUUCUUGGAACUCCAGAACUUACAAUGACUGAGCUGCUACAUACGCCAGAACAACUGGUACCUGAUUAUCCUGAACCUGCAGCUGAAACCCUAAUCAUUCGUCGAGGACAUUGUCUCCUUGACCUGAUUAAUGCUUUCAAAAAUCCAGCCAUUCUACACUCCAAGGUCUCCAUUAAGAUGCGUCUUCCAAAUGGAAAACUUGAAGAAGGGGAAGGAAGUGGUGUUUUAAGGGAUUGCUUAACAGAAUUUUGGACAGAAUUUUAUGAGAGAUGCACUUUGGGCAUGGAUGUGAAAGUUCCCCUUAUUAGGCAUGACUAUCAGUGUGACGAGUGGCAGGCAAUUGGCAGAAUUUUUGUAGUAGGAUGGUUUCAAGCACGCUACUUCCCUGUACAACUGGCCGCUCCAUUCCUAGAAGUAGUUCUGUAUGGCACAAGUGCAAGUAGCCUAAAGGAUGCAUUUUUGCAGUAUGUCUCUGCACAAGAAAGAGAGAUCCUUCUCAAUGCUUUAAAAGACUUUGAGUCUGUCGAAAAUGAUGCUUUGUUAGAUGCCCUUGAGGCCCAUGAGUGUCACCAGGUUCCUACCAAAGAAAAUUUGGUCCCACUGCUAUCACAAAUGGGACACAAGGCCCUUAUACAGGCACCAAUGUACAUUAUUGAGUGUUGGCGUCCAAUUGUAGAAGAGCUAGCAAAUGAUGUUCCACCAGAUGCUCUGGACGGUAUCCUAAAGAAGAAAAUUCCAACAGGAAAGGCAGUGAAGGAUCUCCUUUUCUUCCCAGAAGAAAUGAAUGCAUCCCAAUCAUUAGUAGCCCGAUAUCUAAAGAGAUACAUAAGUGAACUUGAUUUGCAUACACUUCAACUAUUCCUCCGUUUUUGUACUGGUUCCAAUUUGAUUGAUGGGCCGAUUACUGUGGAGUUUAUUGAGACAUCCGACUUCCAAAGAAGACCACAGUCGCACACAUGUGCCAAGAUAUUAAAGUUGCCAAUAGGAUACCAAAAUUAUCCUGACCUUCGCAGUGAUUUUAAUAGCAUACUCUCAAGCUCUGUGUGGGUUAUGGACAUUGUUUAGAUCAGGUUCCAUGUAGAUACACAACACCACCAAUAAAAUGUGUAGGGCAGAGGGUUUCCCAGGACCAGAAUUAAUCACAAAGUGCCGGGUUACAGAUUCCCACAAAUGGUCCUAGAAAUUGUACCCAUAUGGUUUACCAUAUUGAAUCACUCUGUAGCCUUGCGAUUUGUAAAUAAUCCCCUCUGCCCUGCAUAUUUUAUUGGUGUCCCUACUCACUUAUUGGUUGUGUUAAUGGAAUUGGAUGCAGCUUUGGAGGAGGAGGUAAAAAAAAAUGUUUGCAGAGCAGGUGGAGUUCAUGACCACUGCUCUAGUGUACAAAUUCUCAACCCUGGUCUUGCAAGACCCUCUACCCUCCACAUUCCUCUAAUUAUUACAUGAACCAAUUGUAAAAGAUUAAAAUCCAUCUAUAAAACCUAUAAAAUGGCUGGGGACCAUAGGUACGAAGUAAGAGUUUCUAAUACACUGAUCACAGAGUAUGUAAAAUCUUUAGGAAAUUGACUGCUUUCUUAGUUCCUCACAAUGACACAAUUAAAUUAAACAGGUUUUGUAAUUAAAAUGUUGUUCAAAGUAAAUGUGGUUAAAAUCUACAUUGUUGGUAUUAAGGCAUGCUUUAUCCAUGCAAAGUAUUGAUAGGUGGCAAAGCCACACCAGAAUAAUCUCAGGUUUUAUUUAUUUUUUUUUUUUUAUGUUUAUGCAUACUGUUUAUGCAAAGAUAUUUUAUGUGGCUGUUUUAUGCCUAAUGUGUAUUCUUUGUAAAGGGACACUAUGUAGGAUUUUCUUGAUUAUUCAUAAUUUUUGAGAUGGAUAAUAUUCUGCGUAUUACACCUCAAUGGAGCAGAGCAGAGAUUUAGAAGUUGUAAAUUUACUUCUUAAAAGAAAUAUAUGAAUAAUCAAGAAAAUCCUUCAUAGUGUCCCUUUUAAGAUGAAGUUCAUAUUGUAUCAGUACAUUUUGAUUUUAGUUUAUAGUGAAAGCUGAUGUAUUGUUGAAAAGUAAGAAUACACUGAGAAUAAAGAUUUUAUAAAAUUACAGUCGAAUGGUAUACCUUUUUAUUUAGACAUUUUUGUCUCUGCAGUGUUGCACAUCCAGAGAUUCAUACUAAGUCUGUUUUCUCUAAGAACAUUUAAAUUGUUGUACCUUGUUGUGUUCAGUGAAACAUUGUUCAUUGCAUUGUUCAUUGCAUCUGUAUUGUACCUUUGUAUGUCAACUGACAUCAUUUGUCUCAAAUAAAAAUUGUUACAAAAUGUUAACAAAAAACAUUGA